GUAGGUUUUAUUUGUUCCGCUGAUCCCUAUAUAUUUCUCCACAGCCACAAAAUUCACAGCAGCCGUUAGGGUUUCUCUCUGGUGAAUUUUGUUAUUUUGUUUCUGGAAAUAACAGAGAUUCAGAGAUGAGCAAGCUUCAGAGUGAUGCCCUUAAGGAAGCUAUUUCAACCAUUGUGGCUCAGUCCAAGGAGAAACAACGUAAGUUUACUGAGACCAUUGAACUCCAGAUUGGUCUGAAAAACUAUGAUCCCCAAAAAGACAAGAGGUUCAGUGGUUCCGUGAAGCUGCCACACAUUCCUCGUCCAAAGAUGAAAAUCUGCAUGCUUGGAGAUGCUCAACAUGUUGAGGAGGCAGAGAAGAUAGGUUUAGAUUAUAUGGAUGUGGAAGCACUGAAAAAGCUAAACAAGAACAAGAAGUUGGUCAAAAAGCUUGCCAAGAAGUAUCAUGCCUUUUUGGCUUCUGAAUCUGUCAUCAAGCAGAUCCCUCGUCUCUUGGGUCCUGGUCUCAACAAAGCAGGGAAAUUCCCAACCCUUGUUACUCACCAGGAAUCCCUGGAGUCCAAAGUGAAUGAGACCAAGGCAACAGUGAAGUUCCAAUUGAAGAAGGUUCUCUGCAUGGGAGUUGCUGUUGGGAAUGUAGCUAUGGAAGAGAAGCAGAUCUUCCAAAAUGUUCAGAUGAGCGUUAAUUUUCUCGUCUCACUGUUAAAAAAGAACUGGCAGAAUGUGAGGUGCCUUUACUUGAAGAGUACCAUGGGUCCUUCAAACAGAAUCUUUUGAGUGAAAGUAAUGUGGUAGUUGUGGGAUUAAUACUAUCAGAUUGUUAUUCGGAAUGUUUUUAUGUUUUGUUAUUGAAAGAAAUGUUUUGAAUCUGAGACAUUGGAAGUUUUGUUUUUGCAUAUGUUAUCAAUGAAUGUUAAAUUUCCAUCUUUU